AUGCCGGGACAGUUCUUANUUCUUCACAGCGAGUGGCUCUUUCCUGCUCUUCCAGCUCCAGUCAAGUGCAUCAGAUCCCAUCCCGUGCUCACCCUGGUGCUGAUUCUGCUCCUGGUCCUGUCUUUGGGUGUGUCCUUGGCUGUUGUGUCAGGGGGAGGGCACACAGAGACUCCAGUUACUCCAGUUACUCCAGUAACCCCAGUUACAGCUGACACUGCAGUGCUGCUGGCCUGUCCCCAUGGCUGGGUCGGGCACCGCGGGAUCUGCUACUUCCUCUCGAGGGAUCAGCUCAGCUGGGAUCAGGCUCAGGCUCGGUGCUCUGAGCUCGGGGCCUCCCUGGCCGUGCUCAAGGACUGGGAAAUGGGGUUCCUCUUCCCUCACAGUGCCAGGGUCGAUCACUGGCUCGGGCUGCGCAGACGGGGCCGGGAGCUGCAGUGGGGGGACGGCAGCAGCUUCAACUCCUCGGUUCCUGUCCUGGGCAAUGGAGGGUGCCUGUUCCUGGCUGAGGACAAUUACCUCAGGAGCGCUCCCUGCUCCAAUCCGUUGCYCUAYGUCUGCAGCAGACCCCAAACUCGCCUGUGAUAGAGGGGGGAGGAAGGGCYUUCUSUGUGUUGGGCACWCUCAGCUGCUCCU